UUCCGGUGUGUUCUUCUGUUUAUGUAAAAGAGAAAGAAGGCAUCGGCAUCAGGGUAAGUUAACUACCAUCUUCACCUUGGGAGGAGAAGACAAUUCAUAGACACAGAUCAUUUAUACUGUACAAAGUUCAAGGACAAGACCUCAUCUCAAAUACUUUCCUGCUUAUUGUUGUUCAGUUGCGAGUGUGCAGCCAAUACAAUGGGUAUAGAACGUGGGUUCAUCGGGAUGGUCGACCCUCAGGAUGCCGACCGCGUCACAGUGGACAAGGUGACCGCGGACACGCUGCGGAGCAGUCUGACCACGGUGUUCCUCCCCAUCGUCUACAUAGUGGUGUUUGCUGUGGGGCUGCCCACCAACGCCAUGGCCAUCUGGGUCUUCCUGUUCAGGACCAAGAAGAAGCACCCUGCCGCCAUCUACAUGGCCAACUUGGCUCUGUCUGACCUGCUCUUUGUCAUCUGGACACCUCUGAAGAUCGCCUACCACUUCAACGGUAACGACUGGAUCUAUGGAGAGAGGCUGUGUAAAGUCCUGGUGGGCUUCUUCUAUGGGAACAUGUACUGCUCCAUCCUCUUCAUCACCUGUAUCAGUGUCCAGCGCUACUGGGCCAUCGUUUACCCCCUCUCCCAGGAUUGUAGGAACAACCAUGUAGCCAUCGGUGUCUCGGUCGCAGUCUGGGUGGGGGUCUGGCUGCUGACCACCCCUCUCUACCUCUACGACCAGACAGUCAAGGUGACCAACCUCAACAUCAUCACCUGCCAUGACGUCACCCGGCCCAGCCAGAAUAGCAUGGCCGCCGGCUUCUUCCUGACCAUGGGAACCCUGGGAUUUGUAGUUCCCACCGUGUUGUGCGUGGUGGUUAACGUUCUGAUGCUCAAGUCCCUGAGGAACUCAAUGACGAACGCCAGCAUCACCAAGAAUCGGCGCAAGGCUGUGGUGCUCAUCAUUACUGUGCUGAUCAUCUUCCUGGUCUGUUUCACCCCCAGUAACAUCAUGAUGCUGGUGACCUACUCUCUCCUGCUGGCUCAAGUAGUACACAAUGACUACGGCUUCUACAUCACCACCCUGUGUCUGGCCAGCCUCAACAGCUGUGUGGAUCCAUUCAUCUACUACUUCAUCUCAGAGGAGUUCAGGGAGCAAGUAAAGAACACGCUGAGAUGCCGCAGCCAGAGGGGGGGUUCUCAUGUGGCUGGCAUCGUCUUCCUGGUCCCCUCGCUGGUCAACAUCUUGGCCUACAUCCUCCUCCUCAAGGCCCUGGGGCACUCCAUGACGGACGGGAACCCCGGGAAGAACCGUCAGAAAGCCAUUCUGCUGAUCGUGACGGUGCUGGUCACCUUCCUGGUGUGUUUUGUCUCCAGUACCACCAUGCUAGUCAUCCACUACACCCUCCUCAAGGACGGGGUGAUCAACAACGGCUAUGGCUUCUACAUCACCACCCUGUGUCUGGCCAGCCUCAACAGCUGUCUGGAUCCCUUCAUCUACUACUUUGUGUCUGAGGACUUCAGGGACCAUGUGAAGAACACACUGCUGUGUAGAAGCAGCAGGACGGUGGAGAGGAUGAGGGUCUCCUUCAGCUCCAUGAAGUACUCCAGGAAGAGCAAGGCCUGUGUGUCUGAGUCAGAGAACACACAGAGCAGUACCUGCUAAUAGCGCAUGGGAGCCAUUCAGACGACUAGGUAAAGACACUGGGAGAGGCUCAUUGAUAAUACAAUAUUUCUCUGUAUGUAUGUGGACUGAUGCACUGAAUGUACCUUAUGAAAUAAAGAUACUAGAGGGAUCUGUCCUAUAACAGUUGGGAUAUAGACAGCAUUUACAAGAAAUGGAACACGGUGGUGUGUGAGUGUUGUGUCCUCUAUGAGACAGAGACACACAACCUGACCUCUCACAGGACCAGGGCACAAGGAUAUGGAAUUCUGAAGAAAAUAUGUAUUCACAUCACACUAAACAACCCACACAAGAGGAACUAUAUUUCUCAUCUGUGUAACAAAGUGUCAAGGGGAGUUUUAGUAUGUUUUAAAUUAGGCCUGGACACUGCUGAGCUCCAGACUAGUGAAAAUGGAUGACCAUAUCCUGGACUUCUUUUGUGAUUUUCAUAGACAUCUCUCUCAUGGAUGAAAUGAAAGCAGAACGUAUUUAUCACAGUUCUUGGCAGGCUGUUAAAGGGCUAAUGCGUAAAGAUUUAGUUAGAAAUUCUAAAUUUGAAGAGGUGCAUUUUGGACAUGAUGUUACCUAGCACAUGGUCAACAUGUUUUAUGAAAUCUCAAAAUAUAGACUUACAUUGUGCCAGUGUAAAUUAACUCAAAUGUCAUGCCUUUAGGUGAAAAGUUCUGAGUAUUAUGAUUUAAUUUUUUUUACCUUUAUUUAUCUAAGCAAGUCAGUUAAGAACAAAUUCUUAUUUUCAAUGACGGCCUAGGAACAGUGGGUUAACUGCCUUGUUCAGGGGCAGAACAACAGAUUUUUACCUUGUCAGCUCAGGGAUUUGAUCUUGCAACAUUUCGGUUAUGAGUCCAACACUCUAACCACUAGGCUACCUGCCACCCCAGUAAUGAUGAGUGACAUAUUUUAGAGGGGCGGUAUUGGAGUAAACUGGCUUUAAGUCUAUGGUCUACAUAUCUUCACUGGUAUAUGCCUUUUUAUAAUUACCUCUGUGAGAUUAUAUAGGGCAGUAGGCUGUACACAUUAACACUGCUCAGUUUUUACUAUAUUGUCGUUAUGUUUUAAGCUCACGUGAAUUUUUGAAGCCAUGAAAAGUUUUUUGUUUUAAGUUUGUUCAUUUCUUAAAUAAAUGUAUGUAAUAUGAUAAGCUAA